AUGAUCAUGGAAACAACCGCCGAUCACCACACCCGCCGGAGCUUCACCACCUCCUCCCCAUCCUCCGCCGUCGGAUUCACCCUCCUCCCCUCCGAGCUCAUCGAGAAAAUCCUCCUCUCCCUCGCCCUCCCCGAACUCGUCCGGGUCAAAUCCCUCAACCGAUCCGUCUCCCGGAUCGCCUCCGACCCGGCCUUCCUCCGCGAAUUCAACGCCGUCUCCUCCUCCGCCACGUGGCUCUUCCUCUACAAGAAGCGCAGCUGGCACCGCGACGCCGUCCUCCAGGGCUUCACUUCCGGGUCCUCCUCCUGGUUCCGGGUCGAGAUCCGCGACCCGAUCCGACCCGGCGGCGGGGAGAGCGUCUACUUCCUCACCGCCGCCGGGAACUUCUUCCUCUUCGCCUCCAAUUCACGGAAGGAAGUAAUCGCCGUCGACCUCGCCGCCCGGACGGCGAGGACGAUCCCGCCCAGCCCGCUCGGCCCACGUGGCACCUCGUCGUGGCGCCGGUCCGGCAUGAAAUUGGUCGUCUCUCGGUCGGACCGGAACAAAUACCGGUUCAUGUUCGGGGAGCUCGUCGACUCCCGCCCGGUCCUCUUCCUCUACUCCUCUGAAACCGACACGUGGCGGUCGGUCGAAGCGAGAGAGGCACGUGGCGGAGAAUGGUCGGAUCAUAUUUUCCUCAACGUAUCCAACGGUCCGGAAGAGAACCUCGUGAUGGCCGUCCGGUUAAGUGACGGGUUGGACCCGCAGCCGGUGGUCUUGCGGCCGAGAUUCAAUGCGGCGGAGGGGGGAGGCCAACAACCUACAUCAGCCGUCGGAUUCAGCUGGGGGAACGUGACGAUCGAUCGGGUACACGUGUACGGCGACGGGUACACGAUGGUGGUGAGAUCCAAGGGCGGGGAUGGAGGGGUACGGGUGUUGGAGAGCAUGGAAUUGUGGGGGCUGGAUGGCGAUAACAGAAAAUGGAGGUACCUAUCGGGAGUUCCGGUGAAAAUCAUGGAGGUGAUCAGGAAGCCGUACAAGGCGAUGGUAGGAUGCGUGGAGGGACGGAGGGAGAUAGGGAGGAUAAAUGGGGUACUAAUGUGUAAUUUCGAGGGGCUGUGGGACGUGGUGUGGGUGGAGUAUGACGUGGGAAGGAAGGAGUGGAGUUUGGUUCCCGUUCCGGAUUGCAAGAUGAUGGGCCUGAAUUUGGCUGGGAUUGCGGUCUCUUCUGGGCUUACGAUGUCGGAGAGUCCGUAA